AUGGAUGUCCUCACUUUGUCUCUCUGCUCGUUUUUGCUCUUCUACUUCAUUAUCUCAGUAUGGAGAAUACAGAAAAUGCGGCUCCGGCUUCCUCCAGGACCGACCCCUCUGCCGUUUAUCGGUAAUCUGCUUCAAGUGAGCUUUGCAUUGUAUCAGUUUUAUCCCAAGCUGCUCAAGCAGUAUGGGCCCAUCUUCACCAUCUGGUUUGGUUCUAAACCAGUGGUAGUGCUUUGUGGGUAUGCAGCUAUUAAAGAGGCCCUGAUCAAUAAUUCUCAUCAAUUUGGUUCUCGUGGAUCCUUACCGAUAUCAGAAAGACUGGCGGAUGGUUAUGGUAUCAUCACCACAAAUGGUGAACGCUGGCUGCAAGUUAGGCGGUUUGCUAUGACCACACUGAGGAAUUUUGGAAUGGGGAAGCGAUCAAUGGAGGAGCGAGUGCAGGAAGAAUCCAGACACCUAAUAAAGGCUAUAGAGGAAACUAGAGGUAAAGCAUUCAAUCCGCACACAGUUCUCGGGCGUGCAGUAAACAAUGUGAUUAACUUGGUGGUAUUUGGGCGGCGAUGGGACUAUGAGGACGAGAACUUCUUGAAAUUUCUCUGCAUCACCAACAAUCUGUUAAAUUUUCUCCGAAGGCCUCUAGGAGUGGCAUAUGCUACAUUUGACAAUCUUAUGAAGCAUCUUCCAGGUCCCCAUCAGAAGGUGUUUGCAGACUGUGAUCAUGUGAAAACUUUCAUCAGUGAGGAAAUUAACUCCCAUAGGAGAUCCCUGGAUCCAGAGUCCCCCCGAGACUUCAUAGAUUGCUUCCUAAUUCAGGCUAACAAGGAAAAAGAUAUGAAGAACAGCGAAUUUUGCCAAGGGAAUCUUCUGAUUUCUGUUUUUGAACUUUUUAUGGCUGGAACUGAGACCACAUCCAGCACCCUACAGUUCAGCUUGCUGGUGAUGAUAAAACACCAAAAGAUUCAAGAGAGGAUACAGGAGGAAAUAGACUCCGUCACCGGGCCGGACAUAAUUCCCAGCAUCGCUAACCGCUUAGAAAUGCCGUACACCAAUGCUGUCAUCCAUGAAAUAAUGAGAUACUUAGACCUUGCCCCAAUGUCACUUGCACAUAAGGUAACAGAGGAUACCAACUUCAGAGGCUUCACCCUGCCCAAGGGGACAACUGUAAUUCCUCUCCUUGGUUCUGCUCUAUCAGACCCAGAGUGCUGGAAGUCACCCUAUGACUUUAAUCCAGAAAAUUUCCUGGAUGAGAAUGGGAAGUUCUGUCCACAUGAAGCUAUGAUUCCUUUCUCUGCAGGAAAGAGGAUCUGCCCUGGGGAAGGUCUCGCUCGGAUGGAGAUCUUUCUGUUCCUCACUGCUCUGCUCCAAAAAUUCUCCUUCCACCCUGCAAAUCCAACCGACACGUUCAACCUGGAGGUGCUUCGACGAGCUAACCGAAAAAAGGGUCUCUCCUACAAUUUUAGAGCCAAUCCUAGAAUGGAGAAAAUGAAUAGACACACAAGUCCAAGACUCAAGGACACACUUCAGUAAUAACAAGGAACAUUAUCUUUUCCAGCAUUUCUAGCGGUCACUUGAUUCUGUAGACCUCUGAAAUGCUUUAUAUGGAAGACUGAGACUCUCAUUCCCUCAGCAUACAGUUCUUUCUCUAGAAGUCUUAAUGCUAAUAAUUCUAUGAACUUAUUUCUUAGCUUGUCUAAGCCUGACACUACAGGUAUUCUGACUCCGAUUGUUGUGAAGCGAUUUAUCCCUUGUGAGACCUCUAUGCCUGGCCUGUAUAAGAUAUAAUCACUGAGGACAAUCCUCAUCAGAUAGCUUGAACUCACCAUAUACCGUUUCCAUCCACAGAGGUGUUCAAACACUUUGGCCCGGAUUCAGAUACAUUUGCAUAUAUUUCGGCGGGCGUAGCGUAUCUCAG